GCUGAUUGUGAUCCGUCCCAUAGCAUGUCAUAUGAGCAUUAUAGUAUAAUAUUUACUUGUCUUUGCAAUUGUUCUCUAGUGUAGACAUCACGAUAAAUAAGGCAUAGUUGUUAGACAUCACGACUGUGAUGAAAUUAUAGAGGUAUCUCAACCCAUCAAUCCCCUACCGCGAUGAACGCUCCAGCAGGCACAUCCGCGCCCAGUGCGGCCACCGGCACGCAGACUAUCGCUCCGAAUAUGUCACUGUGUUUUCCGCCAGGUGCAGACUUCCCCAAGGACGCCUUUCCCGAGUUGUAUCCGCUAUCGGAUCAUCGAUAUGACAUUCAAAAUCCGACAAAUCGGAGUAGUGGGAGACAUCAGACAAGGAAAAACCUCUUCAGCCGACCAAUUGACCCUUCGAGUAUCAAGGGUGUCGUAGCAGAGAGCGUGAAGGAACAAAGGUACAACUUACACGUUUGAUGUUUUAGCAUCUGUAUAACGAGUAACAGGAAUCCGUUUCACUUCAUUUCAAGCUCCUUCAUCUUGACCCUAAGAAUCGCCACGACCACUUUCUCAAGUUAACUCCACGUUUUAACGCCACGAUGAUAGGCCCGCUGGAGUGACGACUGCGAAGUUCAACGAUGUGAAUAUGGCGAACCUUGUCGGUUACAAGGACCAAUACUACAAACUCGAAGCGCUUGAGAAUCCGACACGAGCGAAGAAGCACAAUAUUGUCAACAACGUACUAAUAGCCUCAUUAUUCGUGUCUAUCUCUAUUCGUACGAGACUCGUUAGUUUCGAGUAGGUGGUGCACGUGCAAUAUUGUGGUUGUGCUCGACCUCCCUAUCGUCAGAACAACCUCGUGGUGCCCUGAACACACAAACAGGUGAUGGCAAAUCCCGAACCAUUGCGACCUGCUGUGGAGGUUCCGAAGAACAAUGACCCACAGUCGUCGACCUUCGGUAAGGUCAUGAACACUAAAGCAGGGGAAUUUCGACUUGGGUACUGAGCAGAAGGGUUCGUAGGACUUUGACGACAAGGACCAGGGACAUAAGAAUGACACCAAUUAUGGGCCAGCUGCCAUUUUGCCUCGUCUACGGUGUCGGUGGUCGCGAAUGACCGUAACAGGGGCUGUUGGUGUCUGACUCGGUUCCAUGUAGCAGACUUGUCUGCUUGGUGUGCCGUUCUUUGUGGCUUUCGUCGACGACGCCCGGCGACGGGGAGAUGGAGUCACGUCCAUGCCAUGAAAUGGAAAAGACAUCGCGUUGUACUCAGUUUGAUGUUACCACAUACUGGCAUUAGACUUGACGAGCUGUACACCUAUACAUAGUGUACUGUGUUACAUUUAUUUGGAUCUAAGUAGAUGAAGAAUCGGAUUUCUUGAUUGAAGACAACUGUCAUAUUCAGGACGCUUACUCCUACAUUGGCAACAAACAGUCCGUGACAUCAAGUAGCAUAAAAAGAUUUGCAUGAACAGCAACAUCAGGGUUCUUCUGCAGGUAAACAAAGCUGUAUUACAGAAGACGAGC